CGUAAAUAUCCUUUCGUUCGUAAAUAUUCCUUCCAAUAUCCUUAUUCGUAGAUUUCACCUGACAUUUGUUUGGCAGACAGACAAAGAGCUGUUAUAUUCUAUAUUUAAAAGUUGUUUGUCUUUGAUUUAUUUUAUUCGUUGAGUUUUGGAACUGUGAAGCCCUAUUGGAAUGAUAUUGUACAUUUUUAACAAUUAAAAAUGACCGACGCAUUGUGCCAUUUAGUUGUAGAUGGAAACGAAGUUUUGGAGUUCAAAUUAGUGAAAUGUGUAGCAGAUAUAGAAAAUGAUGAUACCAGUUUUGGCCCAGAAAUGUGUCAUCAAGUGUUUGGAGAAAAUGAGAACAUAUUUGGCUAUACAGAUCUGCAUAUUAGACUAUAUUACAGUGCAGGAAGCCUUCAAACAUAUCUUGGUAUUGAAUAUACAGAUAAGAUUGAACCAAGUAAGUCCGAUGGGAUGAGAGCAGAUGACGUAGAAGGAGCAUUAAAAAAAGUCCUGGCACCAGGAUAUGUAACAAAUUUGGACCAUUUUAUUUCUUUGUUAGAUAAAGACAAGUCAUUUACACCACAUGGUCAGCUUUUACAUGCUUUUACAGUGACACCUAAUGAUGGUGGAAAUAAAAGAACCUUUGAAGUGUACUUUUGUGAAACAUCGACACCAGGUUUUCUUGCUUUCCAUGAACGAUUACAGACUUUUCUUCUCUGGUAUGUGGAUGCAGCAUCUUUUAUUGAUGUAGAUGACGAUCAAUGGAAUUUUUUCAUUGUAUUUGAGAAGUACGCCACUAGCGAAGGUGAGUGGCGGUAUGCUACGGCGGGUUACGCGACAGUAUACCGGUACUAUGCUUAUCCGCACCACGCGCGCCCGCGCAUAUCACAGGUGCUCACACUACCGCCCUUCCGCAAGCUCGGCCUCUGCGCGCAGCUCUUGCAGGCAAUAUACUCCCAUUUUACUAUUUUACCUGACGUUGUGGACAUCACUGUGGAGGAUCCAUCUCAGGAUUUCCAAAGGAUUAGGGAUUACGUUGAUGCCAAAAACUGUGAAAAUCUACCAGCUUUUCAACCGGAUAAACUAUUUCAAGGUUUUUCACCUGAAAUGGCGAAUCAAGCAUGUUUAAAAUUCAAGAUAAACAAGAAACAGGCGCGGAGGGUUUACGAGAUAUUGCGACUUAAGAAUACAAACACAUCGGACAAGACUGCUUAUUUGAAUUAUAGACUAGUUGUUAAGAAUAGACUUAAUGCUCCUUUUCAGAAAAAGAAGUUAGAAAUGAAAAAGCUUCAAAAAGUGUUAUCUCCAGAAGAGUAUGCAGCUACCAUAAGUACGGCAGGUGUCAGUGAGACGCAAGGCCGUCUAGCCAGUCAAUAUAUAGCGCUUGAGGACGAAUACCGUCGCGUCAUACAUCGGAUGGAGCAGAUUUGAUUGCGUCUCCUUGAUUUCAAUUUGUUCACAAAAUUUAUAAUAAAAUAUGUUAUAAAUUGCAACUUUGUAAUUAUUACACAUUGCAGUCAAAAUUUUUAAAGAAUCUUGAAAAUGAAUCGAUCACAUUCUAUAAAUUUUCAUGUCUAUUUUCUUAUGUUUUAUUUCAAAUAAUAAUAUGAAAUGCGAAUGGUGGCAACAGCAUUAGCAUGUAAAGAUUUACUCUAUAAACAAAAGAUGUUCUAUAUGUUUUCAAAAGUAAUUGUAUUGCAAUGUUGUUGGUAAAUAAUUAAUCGAAGAAAUUAUAAAUAUCUCAGUCAAUGAAUGUUUACGGCAUAGCUCUGAAAAUUCUCUAAAUUUUGAAUAAUAGUUUUUGUCAACACAGUCAAAUAGAACGAAAUAUUUUUGAAAUAAAUUCGGUUUUCAAUUUAACAA